AUUUAAGAAAAUAAUUAAUCAUUGAUUAAGCAAUGAUGAAUCUUACUUCAACCUGAUUGCUUAAACAUGGUUUUUCAGGUGGAACCGUUGGAGCAGUUGGGCUGCAACCGCCACGGACAGGAGAGGUACAAACAAAGACUAGAUCAACUAAUGGAAAAUAAUAAGAGACCAGAAACAGGGGAGGGGGUGGUUUCUUUUCCCAACGGGUUUGGAGUGGAGAAUGCCAGAGACAACGACAGAUUGGAAGGUAGCAAUCAUCCUUUUGGGAAGGUUAGCUCUGAGUUGAGGAGAUCCAAGAAGGGAAGUUCUCGGAAUUCUUUCAGCGUCAAGUUAGGCCUUCCACACAGGCUCGUGGAGGCUGAGCAGGUUGCCGCUGGCUGGCCCGCUUGGCUGAGCUCCGCUGCCGGUGAAGCUGUGCAUGGAUGGGUGCCUCUCCACGCUGAUGCUUACGAGAAAUUGGAGAAGAUUGGGCAAGGUACAUACAGCAGUGUAUUCCGAGCGCGUGAAGUUGAAACAGGGAGGAUGGUUGCGUUGAAGAAGGUUCGUUUUGACAACUUUCAACCAGAGAGCAUAAGGUUCAUGGCCAGAGAAAUAAUGAUUCUCCGCAGGCUUGAUCAUCCAAAUGUGAUGAAACUCGAGGGGGUAAUCACCUCCUCAAUUUCAAGUUCCAUUUACCUUGUAUUUGAAUACAUGGAGCAUGAUCUUGCAGGGCUAAGUUCAUGUCCCUACAUCAAGUUCACUGAAGCACAGGUUAAGUGUUACAUGAAGCAGCUGCUAUGCGGGAUUGAGCAUUGCCACUUGAGGGGUGUAAUGCACCGGGACAUUAAGGCAUCCAACAUUUUGGUAAGCGAUCAAGGAAUUUUGAAAAUGGCAGAUUUCGGAUUAGCAAACGUCAUUACCCCAAAGAACAGGCAUCAGUUAACAAGUCGUGUAGUAACCCUAUGGUAUCGUCCUCCUGAACUUCUGAUGGGAUCAACAAGUUAUGAAGUCUCCAUUGAUAUAUGGAGUGUGGGAUGUGUCUUUGCUGAACUUCUCAUGGGAAGGCCUCUCCUUAAAGGCAGAACGGAGGUUGAGCAAUUGCACAAAAUCUUCAAGCUUUGUGGGUCACCACCAGAUGAUUACUGGAAAAAGAUUAAGCUUCCUCAUUCAACUAUGUUCAAACCUCAACAUCAUUAUGAAAGUUGUCUUCGAGAACGGUGUAGAGACGUAACCGAAACUGCAGUUGAUUUGCUAGAAACUUUUCUAUCCAUCGAACCCCAUAAACGGGGGACUGCCUCCUCUGCCCUUCUGUCUGAGUAUUUCCACACACAACCUUAUGCCUGUGAUCCAUCAACCUUGCCAAAGUAUCCGCCUAACAAAGAAAUGGAUGCAAAGCAACGAGAUGAAUUACGAAGGAAAAAGAUUGGAGCUAAAUUGCGAGAGUCAGGAGCAUCAAGGAAACAGAAAAAAACUCGUAGAACCUUACAAGAACGUAGCAAUUUAUGUAACACAGCACAGAAAGAGGAAAUGCCAGGUGAUGCUCAAUUUGCUAGGAAGGGCAACCAUAGGGCAAAGGAGGGUGCUGUUCAUGGAGGGUAUCCACAUCUAUCAUUGGAUACAAUGUCAGAAACUUCCCAAGCUACGGCUACUUCCCAAGGGGAAGGCUUCACAGGCCCACCAGAGUUCACAGCAUCUAGCAGCUUUGCAUGGGUAAAGAAGAGAAAAGACUCUGCAUCCACAUUAUCAUACAAUCCACCUAGCUCAAGGAGCCAAAUUAGUGCAGUGGAUUCAGCAAGCUUCCCUUUCUCAAACAAUCCCUUUAACCUAACCAAAGAAGGGAAUCAAGAUGCUUCAGAAGGAGAUCCCGAGGCCUCAAAUCCUCUAUUAAUCAGAAUGAUCCAAAACCAACUAGACCAACAAAAAUCUUCAUAUGCAUCUGAGCAACAGGAGGAAAACAAACUUGAUCCACUCGAAUUUAAAGUGAGGAAAGUACAUCAUUCUCGUGAACGUUCAUUCGAUUUUCGCCAGAAACCAGCUGCUACGAAGCAAAAUCUGGACAAAGUUGAAUUUUCAGGGCCAUUAAUAUCCCAACCUCACAAAAUUGAUGAACUCUUACAAAGGAAUGAGAAUCAUAUACGUCGAGCAGCUCGCAGAUCAAGAUUUGAUACUGAAACAUGAUGCAAAGGAGGUUUUCUAGACUGGGAAAAUCCGCACAAUCUCCAUGGCACAGGCCUUUGAUGAAAGCUUCAAGCUUUUCUCAUUGAGCUCAUAUAUAGCUUAAAAUAUUUUCUUUAGUUUUUUUACCUUGAUUAUUUUGCUCAGAAUUCAUUGUACAAACUCAAAAGAUUAAAAAAAUUUCUCAAAU